AUGGCUUCUAGAGAUUUACCAAAGAAUUUCAGUCAACUUUUUGGUUGGGUUGGACAUGCUAAGAAAGAAAUCACCAUUCAUAAAAAACAAGAACAAUUAAUAGAAGAAGAUUUCCAAGAAGAUGAAGAUAUUCCAAAAGUAGAUAGAGUCAGAAUGAAGAAUUUAUGGCCCGCUUUUGCUUCCGGGGCUGGUUUAUUCUCAGAUGGUUAUGUUAAUAAUUCCAUUAGUACUGUUGUCUUUUGUUUAAGUAAAAUAUACGCCGACGAAUUCACUCAAUCUAAUGCAAUUUCAAAUAUUGGUUCUAUUGCGUUUGUGGGUACAGUUGUUGGACAAUUAGGAUUUGGGUAUAUUUCCGACAGAAUUGCAAGAAAGGGAGGUAUGAUGACAGCUAAUGUUAUGUUGAUUGUGUUUACCCUUUUAUGUGCUGUUGCAACUUGGGGAACUUCUCCUUUUGGAUUAUUUGCUGCAAUUACUACCUUUAGAUUCUUUUUAGGUAUUGCUAUUGGGGCCGAAUAUCCAACUUCUUCAGUUAUUGCUUCCGAAUUUGCAAAUAUGUUACCUGCAGGUAAAAGAAAUCGUUAUUUCGCUUGGUUUACUAAUACUAUGAUUGAUUUAGGAUUUGUUAUUUCAUCAUUUGUCCCUCUCGUAUUACUUUGGAUUUUUGGCGAAAACCAUUUAAGAGUUAUUUGGAGAUUAACUAUUGGAUUAGGGGUUAUUCCACCUUCAUCAUUAUUCUUUAUUCGUUUAAGAAUGAAAGAUUCAACUUCGUAUCAAAAAUUACACAUGAAGAAAGUUGGUUAUAAAACAUUCCCAUGGUGGUUAAUUGUUAAGUUCUAUUGGUUUAGAUUGUCUAUCAUUUCCAUUAUUUGGUUCAUUUAUGAUUUUUCAGCCUAUUCAUUCGGGAUCUAUUCCAGUAUAAUUAUUGAUAAAAUUAUCCCAGAUGCUCCAUUAUAUCAAGUUUGGGGAUGGGCAGUUGUUUUCAACUUAUUUUAUAUGCCAGGUGCAUUCCUUGGAGCAAUGUUUUCCGAUUAUCUUGGUCCUCGUUUAACUUUGGCCUUGGGUGUUGGUUCACAAGGUAUCAUUGGUAUAAUCAUGUCUGCCUGUUUGUCCCAAUUAAGAGAACAUGUCGCUGGAUUUGUAGUUGUUUUCGGUAUCUUUACUACUUUAGGUGAAUUUGGUCCCGGUGAUAAUAUUGGAUUAUUAGCUUCCAAGACAUCUGCCACUCCAAUCAGAGGUCAAUACUAUGGAAUUGCUGCCGCUAUCGGUAAGAUUGGUGCUUUUGUUGGUACUUAUGUUUUCCCAGUUAUUAUUCGUAAAUAUGUCAACAAUCCAAAUCCUGAUUUACAAUUGCAAGUCCCAUUCUAUAUUAGUUCAUGUUUAUGUCUUUUCAGUGCUGCUUUGGCUCUUUUCUUUAUUCCUCCAGUUGCUCAAGAUGCUAUUAAUCGUGAAGAUGCUGAUUUUGUUGAAUAUUUAUCAAAGAAUGGGUUUGAUGUUACUCAAUUGGGUGAGCAUGAAGAAAUUUCUUCUUUGGAUGAUUCUAUUGAAGUAGUUCAUGAUAAAGAAAAACACGAUGCUAUUGUUAGUGUUGAACAAAAAACGACUUAA